AUGCCAUAUUGCACAGACAGCCCUUCCAGGCCUUUCCUCAGACUCUCCUCCUGCGGGAGACCUUCACCAUCGACCUCCUCAAAGGCCUCUACAUCCUGGAAUCGAAAGCUGGUUUCCAUGGCAACAAAGAGGUCCUCCACACCCUCACCUUUGGCUACUAUCCACCAAGCCCUUUUGUUUGUUCUGCACUCAUCCAUCCUUUCAGCUCUGACACUAUUCCUUCAGAUUCGGAAAUCUGUGUGACCAUAACCAGCAACCAGACCCAGAAAGACAUUCAUGGGAGGUUACGGGUUGGUAGCAAGGAGAAACUGACUUUCUUUGGACAAGUUCAGUUGAACCCUUUACACUCAAGUCACCAAGCGAUUAAAGUUAGAGCCAACUUCACCCAUCAGCUCCAGCUGCAGCUCCCCUCCUCCGCUAUAGUGGAGGGAAAUGUAUGUUGGAACUCCAAAAACAACAGUGACUUUGUUUAGGCAAGCGGGGAAAAACUGAGAAUUUAGGCAGGAAGUGCCAACUUUCUGUACAGCUCAAUGGAACGUCAGGAAGAGUUGGUCUUUAUUCCUUUCUUAGCCAUCCCUUCAAAUCAAAGAUUCCCAAAACAUUAGAGGUAAAGGCCACUGCAGACAUGUUUGCAGUGGCUGGUACAGGAAGUAGCUCAGUACAUGUAAGGGUUGAUGGAAAAGACAGGGUGAAGCUGGAUGCUCAGAUGUCCCACACCUUCCAGAGGGGAGACACAGCCGUUGGACUGAGGUUGAAUGUAUCCCAGAGCUUGCUGCCUUCUGCCACUGAGCUACGUGUAAACCUGGCUGCCAACAUGACCUCAGACAGCGUUUCUCUACAUGGCUCCUAUACACAGGGGCAUGACGCUCUGCUGGCUCAGGUCAAAGGGUCGCUAAAAGACACCCGGGGUCUCCAGCUGGCUGUGUCCGGGGAUCUGAGGCACUCCAUGACCAACCUCGCUAUUUUGCCUCCAGUCCUGGGGUUGGACGGGGUGCUGGGACGGUCUGACACCCUCAUUGAAGGACAGCUGAGAGUUAGAGUGAUGGAGACCUUGUACAGUGCGGAGCUGAGGCAUCAGGAAGAUCCCGGAGAUUCUUCAAAUGGUGAAGAUGAAGAGGGCAUGAUGGGAAAGAAAUUCCACAUGGCCCGUGAUUGGCUGUGUGUUUGGUUAGGGGCAGAGCAUUUGUGUGUGAAUGUGAGCCGCCGACUGGGGGGUCGAAGGACGGGCGAGGUCUACACCAGACUAUCUCACUCCUUCAACCUGUUCAAUGCCAAAGGUGUACCAGCCAGCAGUAAUGCCCAGGUGAGGUGGUCCCAGGAUGGUGGUCGACUGUCAGUUCUUGCAGAGCUUCAGGCUGGACCUGAACAUCUAAAAGCUGAGUUUAAUGGAGGCAAGACAGACCAGGUUACCCCACGAUGGGAGUACUUCUCCAGGCUGCAGCAUCAAGUCAAAGCCUUGUUGAAAAGAGGUGUAUCAAGCUCUAUACAAGCCAAAGCACACUACCAGUUAGAAACAGAAGGUCUGGACACAAGCUUGGUCCUCCACAUGGAACAUGAGAGAAUGAUUGACAUCCUUUUUAACAUUGGAUCAAAAAAACGCACAGCUAUGUUGGUAUUGUCUCUAUGGCAACAAAUUAAGCUGUUCCAGGAAGUCAUACCCUCCUCUUUACAGAUGAACUGCACAGGGGACGCCACUGCAGACCGACUCUCAGCCCAGUGCUAUGGAAAUGUGGCGGGUUGCCCUGUGGAGGUACGAGUCUUUCGCUCCUAUAGACCACACAAAAGGCUCUGCUAUGGCCUGUCGCUCUCUCACUUUAGCCUCAAUGCUCAAGCUAAAGGCUGUUACAGUCCCAAUGGUCAGAAGGAGCUCAGAGCUAACCUCACUCAUUCUUCUGUGCUACAGCUGAUGUAUCUGGGCGUGCCCACUAAAUCUAGUCUCAGGCUCCUGCUCCGGCCUGGGCCAAAGAGGUGGGCAUUUGGGAUUGGGUUGGUUGUUGGCCCUUGGAGAAUGGACUUUAAUAUGGCACUGAGGUUGGAGAGAGCUGGGCUAUAUGGCUGGCACGGGCUGCUUGAGUUUGGGAACCGCAGUGUUAAACAUAAGGCAGAGAUGACAGGUCGGAUGAGGCUGGAAAGCUGGUGUCACAUCUGGGCGGAUGUCAGUGUGGAAUGGGACUCAAUCUCCUCAGGUCUGUUCCUUUCUGUCCGGUGUAAAGGGGUGGGGAGACUGGUGUGGGUGCAGGUUAGGAGAGUUGAGGGGGGUGUACCACAUAAAACUUCUUUAACGCUACAUGGACAAGCAGGGAAAGAUGGACUUAAAGGUUCUUUGGGUUUAGAACAUGAGCAGGACUUUUGUCAAUGCCUCUUGUCUGUCCUGCUGAAUGCCCAAAAGGCUGAAGUAGGCUGGACCCUCCAGCAUCACUGGGCCUCUCUUGCCUCCAUCAUCCCAAACAAAGUAGACCUCCAGGGGUCAGGUCAGCUCAGUGACACCUCCCUAUCUGGAAGUGCACGGGUCUCUUUAAACACCCACUCUGCUCUGAUAGACUUUACUGCUGCCUGGGAGCCCUCCACCUCCUUGAGAAUAAUGCUUCAGCAAAACCUGGCCUCUUCUGUUGUACCAAUGGAGCUCACUGUUAGCAUGUCGACCACGGCUGGUCAAGCUGAAUUGGAGGUGCAAAGCGAUGUGUGCUCCAUGCUUCUCCAGGCAAAUCAACACAGGGGAGGAGAGGACAGAAGGACCCGCUGGAAUAUUUUUGUCCACCAGCGAUGUGUCUUACUGAAGACUGUCCUGCCGUCGCAGACUUCAGCUAACAUCUCCAUCACCCAUUCUGGCUGCUCAACUAAUCUCAGUACCGUGCUCCAGGUAGAGGGGGAACAGAAAGGCAGCCUUAGUCUCCAUUUAACUUGUCACCCCUACAUUGGUCUGAAAGCAUCUGUACAGCACUCUAUAAAGCCAAUACAGAUGUUGGGAUUUCCUGCCCACGGAGCAUUAAUCCUGAAUGUUUCAACUGCACAUCUGCCUGGUUUCGAGGUUGGCCUGGAGCUGGGACGUUGUCAUUUUAGGGGUAAUUUGGGGAAAAUCAAGGCUUCCCAGACAGAGGAGGAGCAGUCUUCCUACACUGUAAAUGUGACCAACUACUGUCCUGCUCUACAGGGAACUGUCCUCCCAGUGUCCCUGGCUCUCCAAGCCCUCCUCUCAGUCGUCCCCUGCCAGCUUACCAUAUCCUCGUCUCUGAGGGCAGACAGCCAGGACCUUACCCUGGAGCUGAGUCAUUCCUGCAGGCCUCCACGUCUCUCUGGGACCCUCACACACUCCUUCCUUGGGCUGAGGAUCCAAGGUGUACCCCAGAUAAUCACCGUAGAGGCUACUGCUCAUAGAGACCCUGAGCAGGCUGGGGCCCUGUUUAUUAAGGCUGGGACAUGUUACAUUAAAGCUGAUAGAGUUGUAGAGUCCAAAGGAAGGACACAGAGGCUCUGGGCUCUGGAGUCAAAGUGCCCAAUGUUACAGUCUCACUUAAAUGGAUCAGUGCGGCAAGACCUUCAUGAUAACUGGACAGCGAAGGUAGACACCCAUGUGGACGGAAAAAGGGUUUUUCUGAGGCUGAAUGCAAGGGCCUGGCCGGAGCUGAGUGUGGAGGGCGAGCUCAGUCACAACCUUCCUGCUCUCAAAGGUUUACCGGAGCACAGCAGACUGAGAGUCACCUGUAGGGCCGGAAAAACCAGAUAUAACACCGAAGCCCUCAUUCAGAUGGAGGAGUGUACAGUUGGAGUCAGAGGAGCUGCGAUGUCACAGCCAGGCCUGCAGGGGUCGCUGGUGUACCACAACAACUGCACAGUGAUUCAGGAGUGGGGUAGUCCUGACAAGAUGCAGUCCUCUGCAUUGUUGGUUGUCUCCCCAUCUCUUACAGAAUCCCAAGUCUCCUUGGUGAUAGAUGAUACAGAGUUAAAUACUUCAGCGGCUUUUAAGAAAACUAAGGAUACAAUUGGAGCAUCGCUCAAUCUAAACCACUCUGUGCCCCUAUUGAAAAAGCUGGGUCUCCCUCUUAAUGCUGCAUUGACAAUGAAUUCUGGGAUUCAUGACAAUGGCUCAUACUAUUACCUACUACACAGUAGUACAGGAAGCCAAAGGCUAACUCAAGGGAUGACGGUUUCAAAGAUUCCCGAAACAGUCCGAGUGAAGAUUCAUUUUAGACACACAGUGAAUUAUCUAAAGAAACUGGGAGUCCCUGGAAACAACAGCAUCCAGGUAGAACUUGGCUCCGUUGAGGGGAAGGCCUUGACAUUACAAUCCCAGUUUGGAGGUCCGCAGGCGGGAGUGAGGCUGAAGAUGACAAAAGAGAUCAGAGGAACCAUGUGGCACAGCUGGCCAUGGCUACGGGAGCAAGGACUGCCACUCAAUAUAGAGGGCCUAUGUUCCAUCCAGGGAGUCUUUUCUCAGCUUGAGUCCAGGGCUUGGCUCACUGUAGAUGGACACAAGCUGCUCGCCUCCGGCUUGAAUAUCAGUGUGGGUGAUGGACAUCUAGCCCUGCUGCUAUCCUACUCUCCACCAGCUUCUAAUCAGACAGGGACGCAGGACAGUGCACAGCACAGUCUGGACACUACCCUGACCGCUCAGUUCAAAGGUCCUUUGCGGAGCGCUGUAGUAGAUGUUCACUGUCAGUACUGGAGAAUCCGAAUGGUGGGGGACGUUGGAGGCUGGGGGGCACAUGGAGGGUCCAAGGAGGCCAGAGUAACACUAAAAUACACUGUGCAGGGACAAACUAGCCCUGCCUUACAGGUGGAGGUCUGGGGAAGACUUACUGAGUCACAGCUGAGGUGCUCCAUGGCUGUGAACCCUGAACUCAGCUCCUCACUGGCACUCAUUAUCCAGGGACACCAUCUGCCUCAUAGCAAGGACCUGAUGGUGAAGGUGGUCCACAAUAUUCCCAGGAUGUUGGUUUACCUGCCUUCUCAGCUCAAUGUCCGCUCUCAGCUGAACCAGUCUCAGUCCAGUGUUGCAGGUUUGGUGGAGGUGUUGUCAGGCAGGAGGAGGCUGUUGGCUCUGGGGGAACUGGCAGCAAUAGAGAAUGGAUGGAGACAAGUUCUAGAGCUCAAACACUCAUACCCACAGUUAAAGCCGCUCCCCAGGACUGUUGCAGUGAAGACGGUGUAUGAGGCCAGGAACUGGAGCUACCAAGUUCAACAUGGAGCUGUGUGGGGCAGCCAGGAGUUGAUCUUGUCUGGUUUCUACUCUGCACCUCCAACACUGGAGAUGGGGAACCAGAGCCUGAAGGUUCAGAUCAACUGCAUUCCCCGUUGGACUAGUUUGGAGGUGACUCUCGAGCGUUCCUUAUAUGGCCGUCUGGACAGUGUUUUAGUGGGCUGGACGAGGCAUGGCCGACUGGAGCAGGUCAGAGCUCUGAGCUUUUGGAGUCGAUCAGAGGACACAAACGAGACCAAACUGGAGCUGAAACAGCCCUUCUCGUCCGCACUCAGCCAGAUGUCCCUUCACAUACUGUCACACAGCUCACAGAUGGAACAACGCAGCAGCCACCAUACCCAUCUCUCAUGGGACAGCACCACAGUCCCUGUCAAUGUCUCCAUAAUCUUGAAAAAACAGUGGCAGAACAAUACCAACAGGGGGCAGGCAUGUGCUCUGUUCUCAACGCAACAGAUGGCAGUGUCUUCUGUCAAAGGUUGUGUGUCAGUGGGUCAGGAGGGAAACUCGUAUUCACAGAAUGCAGAGCUGAGAUGGGACAACAGGAGCGCCAAGCAGAGCAUGAAGUACCAGAGGGGUCCACGGGGAAUGCACAGCCUUCAGGUGAAUGUUGGCCUAGACAAAGUGUCUCCUGAACCCUGUCCGUCACACACACUCCUGACUAAGAUUCAGACCAACCUCAGGGAUCGCCUGGAGCACACAGUGCUGCUUGGCCUCUGCCCCCCACAGCCAACUUUCUCGUGGUCAGGAUCUCACAGAGUGAACUCAGGAGAGAAGCUGUUUUACACACAGUCUCGUCUAUCGGUGACUGGACGGCCCCACCAGUGCAGCCUCACCUUCGCCUUGAUCAACUCCUCUACUGCUCAGGGCUCCAACAUGUCUCUGUUCUCUGAGUCUAGGAUUGGUAAUUGGAGUGUAGAGGUGGGAAGCAGUGCCUUGUGGUGGCCCCAGGGGUCUGGUCUCCAGAUGCAGGCCAGACUAGACCGCAGUGAGAAGAUCUGGCUGAACUGGACGGCAGAGGGACAAUGUUUUCAGACCACAGCAGGCUACACAAACGGUUCAGGUCCAGGUCUGAAUGAGGACGUGACUGUGGUGGCAUGUGUGGGAACAAAUCGCAGUUUGAGGCUGGAUGUGCAGAAAAGAGACAACAGCAGAAAACCUGAAACUCUGGGCAGUGUGUCUGUGGGAUCAGCCAAUCAGAGGCUGAUGCUAAGAGCAAGUGGCUGUUUGGAAAGUCUAACUGCAGUGGAGGAACGAAUUCAAUACUUGAGCUGUCAGUUACAGAAUAAGCUGCUGGAGAGAAUCAAUACAUUGCAGUAUCACCUUGUUGAAUUCAAACGUCAGUCCAGGGACAGUGAGUUGCUCCAGGAGCUGAGCGCUCUACCUCUUUAUGUUUCCCAUCGAGCAAAGGCUCUACUGGAGCACAGAGACGGAGGUUUGUUGGCUUUGUGGCAGAGCGGCCCUUUGCGUCGCAUUGUCACCAACAACCUGCCUCGCUUUCUCAGUCUGCUGCAGCAUGCUUCUCUUCUGGGACAACAGGAACUGAGGAGGCCCCUAGCCACUCUGGCAGGUGUGUACCAAGAUGUGAAGGGCCAGAGGCUGGAGGCGUUGUGGAGGGAGGCUGUUUCUUUGUGGACUGACCAGCUGGUGGAGGUCCUACCUAUGCUUUUGGAGAACCCUCAGCUGAGGCCACUGGCUCAGGCCAGUGUCGCCAUGCUCAGCGUCGCCCUGGAUGUGGCAGGACAGCAUACUUACCACUGGGCGGAGACCAGGUUGGCAAUGGCUCUGUCUGGAGUCAGGAAGCGACUGGCCUCUGUCUACAAAUUCUCCCCGAGUGAGUGUUUAGUGGUUGCAUCAGUGGCGCUGCCACCACUGCCCUGGUCCAGGGUGUCCCAGGCGGGACUGGUGGAGGUCCUUCUGGAGGAGUGGCUCCUGAGGCCCUUGUUGACCCUCACCUCCGUCAGGCCCACAGCUGAGCUUUACCGCCUUAAAAGGAAGACCAUGGACAGCCCAUUUAUACACCAAGCUCUCCUGGUGGCAGAUCAGUUUGUGGUGACAUUUGAUGGUCACCUGUAUGAGCUCCCGGGCUCCUGCCCACUGCUCCUCGCUCAAGACGUCGGCGCUGAGAGUUUAUUCACGCUGCUGCACACUUCAGACUUCCUUCUGUUCAAAAUUAAUAACAGCACAGUCACCAUUCAGCACAAUGGGCAGGUGACCAACUGCAACAGUGCUGUAACAUACCCGUUCCACAGUGACGAUGGAGUGGCUGUCAGGAGAGGGUCAAAUAUUGUGCAGGUGUCCAAUCAGAAUGGCGUGUCAGUGUCAUGUGAACUCUCGCUUGAGGUGUGCAGCUUCACUCUCGAUGGAUGGUUGCAUGGCAGGUCCACUGGUCUGUUAGGGACUAAUGACAAUGAAGCAGGGAACGAUUUUCCUUUGCCUGAUGGAUCUCAGGCUGAAAACUUGGAGGAAUUUUUCUACAGUUGGCAGAUGAAACCGGAGUGUAUUAAAUUGCCUGGUGUAACAGAGCCCUCUCCGAAAGCAGCCACAAGCCCUGGAACCUGUGACUUCCUGUUUUCCUCUCCUGAUUCUCCGCUUAGUUCCUGUUUCAGGGUGGUGGAUCCUCGUCAGUUCUUGUUGGUGUGUGAAGUGAGCUCCUCCAGAGCACCGUGUAGAUUAGCAUCGGCUUUUGUUCAUCUUUGCAAGCAGAACUACAUACCUCUGGAGAUCCCUGUCCAGUGCUUGAAAGUAUGAAGGGAGGACAAGCUGAUGAAGAGCAAAGAUGUGUGACCUGUUAGCUGCUAAAACUGACACAUUUACACUUUUAUACCACUGUUUGUGCAACAUUACUUAUAUACUUAUAUUUUGUAUUACAUUUUGUACUCUAUUGUAUAGUUACACAUUGUUAUACCUCAUUUAAUGUACGCCUUUGCUCUAUUUAGACAUGCAGAUACAGUGGUGCUCAUACGUUUAUGAACCCAUGCUAAAGUUCACCAAAAAGAGGAAUAAAAAGUUAUCUUUUGGAAAUUGAUAUUAA